CAACGAUCGCCGAGGGGAAUUUCCGGGUUCUCGCGGCUUCGGAUUUCGGUGCUCCGGACGGUGCUCGUCGGCGCGACCCGAACGGCGAUCCCCGUCACGUCGCGCGCGCUCUUUGUUUCGCGUUACGUUGCGUAUCGACUAUCGAUGCGCCCGCGAACGGGAGAGAGGAGGUCUCAUUCGCGCCGCUCUCGAAAUUUCGACAUUUCUUCGAGUAGAGAUCCUUCUCGCUCGAGAUCUCGCUGACACUCGGCCGAAGGUGGAGAUCACUCGGUCACUCGGAAUUGCGAGACUGUGACUAUUCUGAUGACACGUUCGCGCAAGGUGUUCCUUCGACGAGACGAGACUUUAUCUGAUCUUAUCUGAUAAUAGUAGAUCUUAUCUGAUAACUUUUUGCCUUCUUUCUUCCUCGUUCGGUCUCUAUUCCACUUCCCCGAGUGGAAUUUCACUCGGCCAAGUUUCGGGAGCAAGAGUGAUCGGCGAGAAAAAUCACGUUCCACUCCGAGAGACGUUAAGCGCGCGGGAGAUUCGCGAACUCGCGGCUUUUGAAUGGAGAAACUUGCGAGUAGUAACGGACAGGCAGGUUAUUAGCCGGGGCACGCGAGUAGCGUAGAGAUGAAAGCGCAUCAUGAGAGCUGACUCGGUAUUCGGUAUUUCGUUGCUCGUCAUCGGCCAAGUGUUGGCCGGCAAGGAGCACAUCAUGACGAUCGCGAGAAUGGAGUCCUGGAUAUCGCCGGGGGACUUUACGACGAUGAUCGACAAGUCUUUUCGUUACUCCAAGUGCUGCAACAUUUAUCUGAGCAAAGCGAUCCACAGCGUGGAGAUGUUGUUCAAUCAAUUUAGAGAGACGUAUCGGUACGAUUACCUGCUGCGCAAAAGGAUUUACGAGUGCCAGGGUUACUUCUUACUGAGCCCGACGGACACAGAGAUAGAGGAAGCGAUGGACAAAGUACCCUCGACCAUUUCGACCACGGAGAUCCUCAUUAUCGUGGAUGGUGAACUGAAGAACGACUCGAGGAUCUUCAACGUCGCUCUGUAUGGAAGUGCCAACGCGAACAUCGUGUCGCGAUCCGGCAUUUGGACCUUGUCGGAGAAUUACUUGGAGCCCCGACUGUUCGUGAAAGUCGACAGUUACAAGGAGCUGAAAAAUGAAUUCGACAUGAUUAAUAUGAAGGGCAGAGAGCUGCGAGUGUGUUCGUUUUAUCGGCCGCCCGUUUCUUAUCUUAAAACGGCGACGAAGAAAGUAAUAAACGGUACUGAGGAGGAGAUAUUUCUAGUGAAUAACGACAUGGAGAAAGACGGGAUAGAGGUUAAGAUAUUUCUGCUCCUUGCGGAAAAAUUGAACUUCACUUGGACAAUACGAAAGCCAGGAGGGAGCUACAGGUACGGCCGACGGAACGGAACGCAAUGGCACGGUGGCGUAAUUGAACUUUUGCGAGAGAGAAAGAUCGACAUGGCAUUCGCGAGCAUCUGGCUAUCGGAGGAUCACAACGCUUUCGCAAACUUGUCGGAGCCCUGGUUUCAAUUGUUCAUACGUUUCCUGGUGCCGCGGCCACAGCCGAUCACGAGUUUCUGGGCGCUCACGAGGCCUUUCCCGCUGGAAGUCUGGAUACUUCUCGUGCUUGUGCUGCUGCUCAACAGCGCUUACAUGUGCACGCGCGCCAGGAUCGAUCCGCAUUUUCCGAAACGUUUCCGCAGCUUUCUGUCCACGAUCACGGAAUUAAUGGGCCGCCUGUUGGGCACAUGGGUGCCCAUGAACACUGCGAACGCCCGACUCGAGCUGCACUUAUGGCAGACGGUAGGAGUCGUUCUGGUGACCGCUUACUGCAGCAGCCUCGCGGCGCGACUCGCCAGCUGGGAGUACGAAGUCAGGGUCGACACGGUGCGUCAGUUCCUCGAGGCGAAUCUAUCGUGGGGCCGGAAAGGGCAGGUGCCGCCUUAUCACGACUACUUCGACAUGGACGAUCCUUACUCGAGCCAAUUGCCGUCAAGGUACAUUCAAGUGGCGGACGAUCAGACAACGCAUCGGUUGAUCGUCAGGGGCAAGUACGCGAUCAUCGGUAACAUCUUGGGCUCGAUCUUCUUUCCGGAAGAUGAUAUCAGGAGCGAGGAUCUCAAAGGUUACAGGGUCAUGAAGCAAACUGUGGGAAAGUUUUACUCAUCGUUCGCCGUCCAACCGUGGCUGCUGCGGCCCGUCAACAUGAUAAUACUGUGGCUGAAGGAGACGGGCAUCACGAACUUCCACCUGGUCGAUGUCAUCCGUCGUAGGGCGAGCUACAACCUGCGCGAGGUUCACAAGGAGUACGACGGUCACGACGGGACCGCUCGGGUUCUCGGAUUGAUGCCGUUAGGCGCCGGAUUCAGCACGCUCGUCAUGGGCCUGCUUAUAUCGACGAUGGUGUUUCUCUAUGAGCUGAGACACGCCGCGGGCAAGCGACCGAUCCGCGAGGUUCUACGAGAGAUGCGAGAAAAGCGCGCGGCCUACAGUAUGAUCAGCAUGAGAGACAGAGUCCCGAAAAAGAAUCGAGCUCGUGUGACUCGAUUCGAGAUCGGGCAAGAGAUGCUCGGACUUUCCCUCGUUGAGCGAAUCCGCUCGACACCCUGCGGAUGUCGAUCUCGUGAGCGAACAAAUUCCCGAAAGUAACCAAAAGUAAGUUCUUCGGAAGAAAGAACGUCCGGGAUUUUAACAGUAGAGAGAGGGGGAGAGAGAGAGAGAGAGAGAGAGAUGCUAUAUACUUAUUUGUAUUGUAUAUACAACAUAUUAUAUACAAUAUAUUAUAUAUAUUAUAAAUAUAUAUUGUACAAUAUAUUUUUCUUCUUGCGAUAUGCUAAUCUCCGAGGCUAUAGCGAGGUAAAAUCUGAAGUAAUCUGGAUGACGUCAUCCGUUGUUUAUGUAACGAAUGUAUUAAAAUGUUAUUUUUCAUAUAACGCUCAUGUAAAUAACGUUUUAUGUCAACGAGAUUCUUAUAUUUCAAACAUUAUGUGUAAAAGGAAAAAUCAUACUUAAUAUGUGUAUGUGUUUCAAAGAUUACACAGC